AUGUAUAAAAUAUCCCUUAUUAUUUUAUUAACUUCGCCUCUCGUUUUUAAUGUUCCAGUUUCAAAAGCUCAAACAUUCAGCCCUCAGACAAUACGGACACUGUUGUUAUUCUGGUCUAAUUCACAUUUGCGUAGUGAUUUAGAAAACUUAUGCAAGAGCGGCGGAGCACAGAGUGUGAAAUCUGUUGACUUCAAAAACUGCAGGAUGGAGUGCUGGGCAAAUUUUGGAAACUCGCGCGCAGCACAGACACAUAAGCUUCCCACUGGUACACCCUGUGGGCUCAAUAAAGAAAAAUGUCAGCAUGAUGGGUGCUGGCGCCCGAGGGGAACGAGAUAA